AUGGCCUCUGCACAGUUAGCCAGGUGGCACAUGAUCCUUUCAGCCUACGACUAUGACAUCAUACACAAGGAAGGCAAACAGCACCAGAAUGCAGACGCCCUUUCACGCCUACCCUUGGCAGUUGAUCAAACAGUGUGGUCGCAUCAGAGUCUUGCAGAGCUGGAUGAACAGCCUCCAGUUCAAAUCAACAUGCUGGAUAUUGACACAAGGCCAGUUGAAGCCGAUGAAGUCAGAAGAAUCACCAAAAGGGAUCCUGUUCUCGCAAGAGUAACAGCCUAUGUGAUGAAUGGAUGGCCAAACCCCAAGAACGUUCCACCAGAGCUCAAAGCCUUUGCGCAGAAGAAGGAGGAACUCUCGAUUGAGGAUGACAUCAUAUUAUGGGGGCAUAGAGUGGUCAUUCCAGACAACAAGCAGAUGAGACAAAGGAUCCUUGAUGAACUUCAUGGGACUCAUCCAGGCAUAGUCAAGAUGAAAGCACUUGCACGAUCCUUUGUAUGGUGGCCAGGCAUCGACAAAAUGUUGGAAGAGAAGGUGAAGACCUGUACAACUUGUCAGGAGCACCAGCGAAGCCCAUCACCUGCCCCUAUCCACCCAUGGGAGUUCCCAGAACGUCCCUGGAGUAGGAUCCACAUCGAUUACGCCUACAUCGAUAACCAGAACGUGCUGAUUGUUGUUGACGCAUACACCAAGUGGAUUGAAGCUAUUAGAGUAGCACACGCCACUGCAGCUGCUACAGUCACUGCCAUGCGACGCCUUUUUGCAACGUAUGGUAUUCCAGAAACAGUCGUAAGUGACAACGGCACCCAGUUUGUCUCUGAAGACUUUUCGAACUUCCUGUUCAACAACAAUGUAGAACAUGUGCAAACAGCCCCAAAACACCCUUCCAGCAAUGGCCUUGCGGAAAGGGCUGUGCAAACCUUGAAAAGUGGAGUGAAGAAAACCAGUGGAACAUCAUUGGAGAUGCGCAUCCAAGUAUUCCUGAUGACCUAUCGGAUAACUCCACAAGGAACUACCAUGAAAACACCAAGUGAACUAAUGUUCAAAAGGAGGAUCAGAAGUAGAAUGGAUCAUGUCCGUCCGAACCUGCACAAGUCGGUUCAGAAGCAGCAAUCUGCAAUGAAACAGGCGGCAGACAAGCGCUCAAAGAUGAGACAGUUCAAGUUGAAUGAUACUGUUCUGGUGAAGAACUUUGCAGCCGGACCAACUUGGCUCAGAGGAAUAGUAACCGAAACACUCAAUGAAGUCAUGUACGUGAUAGAGUUACAGGAUGGUAGAGAGGUACGCCGCCAUGUGGAUCACAUUAGACUUUACACUCUAUCGCAUGGAAAUGAUCAUGACAAGGAAGAAAUGCCUGAUCAGAACACCAAUCUACAACCAGAGAUUCUGAUUCAACAGACGCAGUAUCCAAGCCAGACAACAGAAAAUCCCAAUAUGGCACCUAGUACUAGCGAAUCCUUAAUUUCAAACACUGAACAGAGUAUCGCUGAUACUACAGCCAUGUCACAGCAGGUCCAAACAGAGUCACUAAGUGAUUCUGAUGGAGCUGUCAUGCCAAACAUGCCAAAUUCUAAAGUCAUGUCAGAAAGACGAAUGUCCAACCGGAAGUCAAAGACACCCUCAAAGUUAAGAGAUUUCAUUGUAUAUCAUUAA